AAACUACAAUACAUUGCAUAAAAAGAAAUGGAAACUCCACAAAUAUUCCACUUCCUUGAGAGAAAAGGAAACAACGGAUCUAAACCCUAAGCCCUUAUAAAUACCGAUCUAAACCUUAGCUUCUGUCCUCACUUCAUCGAUUCAGAGCAGAAAAUCACUUUCACCAGUUCAGCACAGCAGUCAUGGACACUUAUUACAGUGCGGUGCCCUCUCUGAGCCAUCGUAUAGAGCAAAACUUGGAAGCCGACGAUUUCACCAUCGACGUCAGAGCUGAGGUUUUUCAACCCGGGUUUACGGGUUCGCCUCUUUCCUUGGAGCGUUCCUUCUCUCCCGACGAAUUCAUCUAUGAAGACGACGAAUCGCCCGGGAAAGAGGAGCUUUCCUACUUCUUGAUUGAUUCCGGGAUCGAAGGAUUCGAUGCUCAAUACAUGAUGAUUGACCUUAUUCUCUACGCCUGUGAGGUCGUGAAUUCAAUUCAUAAUGGGUUUAAAGGAGUUGUCUCGUUGACGUUGACGGUUCGGUUUCUUCCCGAGGAGGUUAACCGUGCCGGUUCAAGACCAAAUCCCGGUUUAGGCUGGAGAACCGGUGGUGAGGACUGGGAAAGAUUCUUCAUUCCAGUUGAGCUUAAACCGGUUGUCGGACCGGCGGUGAAGAGCCGAGACGGAGCUACGAAGAAAGACGGCGGGAGAUUUUAGGGUUUCUUGGGCGUGAAGCAACAGUCUC